CUUGAGCGCCACUGCUUCUGGGUAGGGCAACAAUUUUCAUUGGUGCUGAUUUUCUGAGGUCUAGAAUAAGAAAGAAUCACUAGAUCUGGGGAUUUGCACAUGCAGCACCAAUCAAGGAUCAACAUUAUCAUGGGGAUGGGGUUGCAUAUGGUAGCUCUAAAUUAAGCAGCGGAAGCACUCGAUCCAUACAGCGGGAACAUUGAGGCCUACAUGGAUCUUUGUAGGAUGAGUGUUGUCGCAGCACAAGAAGAAAGCCAAAAAUUAGGACAAGGAUCUAAACAAGACCUUUUAGCGAUAAUAUGAUCGAUUAUACCACAGAAGACCAACAGUAUCAUCUUGACUCGUUGCGCGUCUAUCUUGUUUUCCUAGGAGGCCGGUACAUUAAGAUGUACUUAGACUAAGAGCUCCAGCUCGACGAGCGUCACGAGAAUUAGUAUCAUGUAGAUGAAGAGCUUAGAUCUUAUACUAUCGUGAAGACAGGGAGGAGGAGCUCCCGCUCUAAGAAAAGCAGGCGAUGGCGCUGACGCAGCUUCUGGCAACAAAAAACAAAUGC